AUGCCGAUCUCAGCUUUCCGCCGCCAAGUCAAAAAUGCUACUCGCAACUAUUCGGCUCAUCAAAUCAAAGUACGUGAAGCAACAAGCAACGACUCGUGGGGACCAUCGAAAUCAAUAAUGUCCGAAUUGGCGGAACUGACACACAGUCCAAUGGCUUUCACUCACAUCAUGCCAAUCAUUUGGAAGCGGAUGAAUGAGAGUGGCAAGAAGUGGCGGCACGUCUACAAAAGUCUCGUUCUCCUCGAGUAUCUUGUCAAGGCUGGACAUGAUAUGGUUGUUGAGGAGUGUACAGAAAACUUAUACCUUAUCGAUACUCUGAAAGAUUUUCAAUAUAUUGAGAAGUAUCAGGAUGUGGGUAUGAACGUGCGCGAGACUGCCAAGAAGAUUUGUUCCCUGCUGUCCGACGAUGAGCUAUUGAAAAAAGAGAGAAAAAGUUUCAAGGAAAUGAGAAACAAAUUCAUAAAUAGCGGAGUUGAAGAGAGUCGUAGUGGUACUCCUGACAGUGCCGAGGAUAUCAGUCUUGAAGUCGAUUACGACGGUAAUCACUCUUUCUCUACUACCAAAAAGGAGAUGCAACUUCUAUUUGCUCUUGGAUUAUCUCUUGAAGAAUGCAAGAGAUCUAAUGAAGUCCGGAAACGUGAGGAGACUUUGCUCCAAAUGGGGAUCGAAGAGUCCCAAAAGCAGGCAUACUAUCGCUUGGGAGCGAGUGACUUUGUGAGCGGAGAAGUAACGCACCGUGAAAACGAUGACUUGGUGACAUUGGGUGGUGCCGAGUUGGCCCACAGAUUGAAGAAUCCAAUCACCUCGUCAUCCACUUGGUACACCAACGCAGUUAACGAUCAAUCGGGAGCCAUCUACACUCAAAACUACCAAAAUCCGUCGUACGAUUACUUCUGUGUGAACACUUCUUCAUGUGCACUGGAAAAUUCUUCUGAAGCUCUUGCGGAUCUGAACACUUUGGAGCCAUCUGCAUUUGCCAACACAUUUGCGAGUGGUCAGGACUUUGACAUUAAUCAGCGUGAUAUUUUCUUUCCGAUGAGCGAUCCAAUCAUCGCCAACUCUCAUUGUUCUCCAGCUACGCUCAACUCUCAUCUUUCUUCAACAAAAAUGGAUGCUGAAAACCUUUCAGUCGACACCGACAAUUUUGUCGACCUGAAUAACUUGAUGAAGCAAACUGAUUUCUACACAAAUGGCGGAGUCUCUGCAUUCAAUGGGGCCAUUCGCAAUCCAUUCAAAAGGACUGUUCGCAAUCCAUUCAAACCUUAUCACUGCAAAUCGUCAACACUCGAGGAAAUGCAAGCUGCAGGACUUCAACAAGAUGCUCCGAUGUAG